ACUAUUUCUCUAUCCCUAAAACCAGUUCUCUCAAUUGCGAUUCCUCGUUAUCCCAAACCAGGCAGCCAUGUCUCCGGGUCCCGUUGUUGAGGCUGAUGCCCCCAAGCCUGAAGUAGCCGACCUGAUCUCUUCCACUGAGGAGGAGACCCAACAAAAGCUUAAGCUCGAGGAUGAACCUGUUGUAGAGGACGUGAAGGAGGAUGAUGAAGACGAAGAGGACGACGAUGACGAUGAGGACGAUGACAAGGAAGAUGGAACCCCAGGGGCAAAUGGGAGUUCUAAGCAGAGCAGAAGUGAAAAGAAGAGUCGUAAGGCAAUGUUGAAGCUGGGCAUGAAACCUGUUACCGGUGUUAGUAGGGUGACCAUCAAGAGAACAAAAAAUAUACUAUUUUUCAUCUCAAAACCGGAUGUUUUUAAGAGCCCAAAUUCUGAGACAUAUGUCAUAUUUGGGGAGGCUAAGAUAGAGGAUUUGAGUUCUCAACUGCAGACACAGGCAGCCCAACAGUUUAGGGUGCCUGACAUGGCAUCUGUACUUCCAAAAUCAGAUAUUUCCGGUGCAGCUGCUGCUUCACAGGCUGAUGAAGAGGAGGAAGAAGUUGAUGAGACUGGGGUUGAGCCGAGAGACAUUGAUCUAGUUAUGACACAAGCCGGAGUAUCAAGGAGUAAGGCUGUCAAGGCUCUCAAAACACAUAAUGGGGACAUUGUUAGUGCUAUUAUGGAGCUCACUACUUAAGUGGGAUUUGGCGGUUUCAUGCAUUAUCUUGCCAUCUUAUUUUAUGUUAAUGAGUUCUUGGAUCUUCUAGUUAACAUAGUCUGAUUGGUUCACCGAUCAUCAGGUAGCUGAAUUAUCCUUUGUUUUUGUCAAACUUGAGAGUUCUUUUUCAAUGCAGUUUUUGAGUUAUAGGUUC